AUAUCUUCCAAUUAUGUUGCUGUCCACAUUGACAAAAAAAAUUAUUUCUCAAAAUAUUCUCAAAAAUGAACUUAAAUACAAUAAAAUGGUGGUUUUAAGCAUUUUUAGACAAUCUCAUUCCGAUAUCAAAGUACCAGAUUUCUCAUUUUACAGACGAACAAGCCUUAAAUCACCAAAUUCAAUAACAAAAAACUCCGAAGAUCAGAGAAAAGCAUUUUCAGGCACAGUCGCUUUUGUAGCAACUCUCAUAGGAUUAUACGCUGUCAAAGCGGAGAUACACAGGGAUGUUUUAUUUAUGGCACCUUCAGCGGACGUAUUAGCUUUAGCAAGAAUUGAAAUAAAACUUAGCGAAAUUCCAGAAGGUAAGAAUGCUACUUUUAAGUGGAGGGGAAAACCUUUAUUUGUAAGGCGAAGAAAUGAAGAACAAAUUAGAAGUGCUAAAGAUGUACCUUUAUCAGUCCUACGAGAUCCAGAGAAAGACGAAGACCGAUGUCCAAAUUCAAAAUUCUUGGUAGUAAUAGGUGUAUGUACCCACUUAGGAUGUGUUCCAAUACCAGAUGCUGGCGAUUUUGGACCAGGUGGAUAUUACUGUCCUUGCCAUGGAGCGCAUUAUGAUUCGUCAGGAAGAACAAGGAAAGGACCUGCCCCUAUCAAUUUGGUUAUACCUGAACAUCGUUAUAUAGAUGAUGAUACAUUAGUUGUGGGAUAGUGUUACUUUAUAUAUUAUUAAAUAUUUUACUUAAAUAAAAUUUUUUGAAACAA